UGUCAUUUUUUUGCUAGCACCAAACGGUCAUACAUUAAUUUUUUGUGUUUUUGUGCUCUCUCUUUUCGUCGGUAGUGCAAUAUUGCAAUACAAAUUACAUAAAAACGGGAAAAAUUCAGGCGAAACUAGAAGAUUGCGGUGAACGGGCAAGCGGAUACUUGCACAAAGGGAACGGCGAAAAAGAUGCAAGAACGGGAAAAACGUAUUUACGCAUUACGCAGCGAGUCGUUGAUUUGCCGUUUUUUUUUGUUUUUAUAAUGCCCAAUAUCGGGGUAGCUGCACCAAAUGCAGUUAACAACAGAUCUCUUGUGAUGUAGGCAAAAAAAAAUAAAAAUUAAAGAAAGAAAUAAAUAAAUAAUAUCAGAAAACAACAACCAUUACUCUCUACGCAAUAACAAAAAAAAAAGCAGCAGCAGUAACUACAACAACAACACCGUCGGCGACUAAGUGCAAUCAACAAUUACAACGCAAUCAGAACAAAGAACUACCAGCAGCAGCAAAAACAACAAACGGUGGACAGAACAGACAAGAGAAAGAGUAAGAGGAAGAAGAACAACAAAAGCAGCAGACGACGCAUAAUUUCCUGCUCACACACACACACACACACAAACGCGCGCGAACGUCCGCGGGCACAAAGAGAGCGGGACAACAAAGAAUAUCAAAGAGUGUGGGAGAGUAAGAAGCAGAGGAGCUAGCGAAAGGGAAAGGAAAAACUGCAGGGGAGCAGCAACUGCAUUUCUGGAUUCGGAUCUGGAUCUUUGGAUAUAUCCACGCGUAAAAUGACCAAUUCGGGACGCAAUCAUCAUCGAUUCGAUUUCCUGUUGCAGUAAGUAAGUGAUUUAAAAAUAAUAAAAAUCAAAAACAAGCCGAGGCCAAAAAAAGAAGCCGGGAGCAACGUAUUGGAGACGCAAUUUGUGAAUAAUUUAAUCGAGCGUUCACACGGCGCCAGCUGCUCAAAAAUAAAAAAUACAAAAAAAAAAAAAAGGAAAAUAAGAGAGUGCUGAAGAGUUAAUUGAAUCGGCAGAGGCGCAGAUAAGAAAACUGAGAAUGUUUGCCAGCAACGCCGAGACAGGCGUCAACGACGUCGGUAGCAGCAACAAUGGUGGCAGCAGCAGCAACAACAGUGGCGGCGGUCCUAGCGGCAGCAUUGAGCUGCUGUGCCCGCCCAGCGGCAGCAGCAGCAUCAGUGGUAGCGCCAGUUUUAGCAGCAACAGCGGUGCCAGCGGCAGUAGCAGUCAAACGCACAGUACUGCCGUCAGUAGUGCCACAGAUCGCAGCACCAGCAGCAGCAGCAGUAACAUCAACCACACCAACAACAACAACAAUCACAAUCCGAGCUUACAACUGAAUGGUAAUGCCAAUAGCAAUAUCAGGCAACAUAGCAACAGCAACACCAGACAGAACAGCAGCAAUAUUAGACUGCAUAGCAGCAAUAAUAGCAACAGCAGCAGCAACAGUAACUCCAGCAACAGCAGCAACAUAAGCCCUCCCAACAGCAACAACAAUAACAAUCACAGCAGCAAUAUCAUAAGCGGUUUUUGCAGCACCAUUUGGCGUUCAGCAACAUUUGGCAGUGCCACACCUGUUAUUAACCCAUUACCAGCUGUACACAUUAACCCCAAGGGCAUGGAAAGCAGCAGUGAUAGUUGCUCAUUGAGCUCAUCGAUAACGCCAGAGGUUUGCCUGGGGGAUCAGCCAACGACUGUGGCCAUCAGCACUCAAGAUCAGCCAGAGGAUCAGUCCCAAACAUUCCUAGGCGCCACCGAACUGGACGAUGAGUUAAUCAAACAACUGCCAAAGGAGGUACUGCUGCGAGUUUUCUCCUACCUGGAUGUUGUCUCACUAUGCCGCUGUGCACAGGUAUGCAAAUAUUGGAACGUGCUGGCCCUCGACGGUUCCAGCUGGCAGAAAAUCAAUCUAUUCGACUUUCAACGUGAUAUCGAGGGUCCAGUGAUUGAGAAUAUAUCGCAGCGAUGUCGCGGUUUCCUCAAGUCACUGUCGCUGCGUGGCUGCCAAUCGGUGGGAGAUCAGUCCGUAAGAACUCUAGCGAAUCACUGCCACAAUAUCGAACACUUAGAUCUGUCCGAAUGCAAGAAGAUAACCGAUAUAUCCACACAGUCCAUCAGCAGGUAUUGCUCCAAAUUAACGGCCAUUAAUUUGGACUCGUGCUCCAACAUAACAGACAACAGCUUGAAGUAUCUAUCCGAUGGCUGUCCAAACCUCAUGGAGAUCAACGUGUCCUGGUGCAACCUGAUCUCUGAGAAUGGCGUGGAGGCGCUGGCUCGCGGCUGCGUCAAGCUCCGCAAGUUUAGCAGUAAAGGUUGUAAACAGAUUAACGACAAUGCCAUAAUGUGCCUGGCCAAAUACUGUCCCGAUUUAAUGGUGCUAAAUCUACACAGCUGUGAGACCAUAAGCGAUUCAUCGAUCCGCCAACUGGCUGCCAAUUGCCACAAGCUGCAAAAGUUGUGCGUGUCCAAGUGUGCGGACCUUACCGAUCUCACGCUGUUGUCCCUCUCGCAGCAUAAUCACCUGCUGAACACCCUGGAGGUGUCUGGGUGUCGCAAUUUCACGGACAUCGGCUUCCAGGCGCUGGGGCGAAACUGUAAAUAUCUGGAGAGAAUGGACCUGGAGGAGUGUAGCCAGAUAACAGAUUUAACGCUGGCCCAUCUUGCCACCGGUUGUCCCAGCUUGGAGAAAUUAACCCUUUCGCAUUGUGAGCUGAUCACGGAUGAUGGUAUUAGACACCUUACUACUGGCAGCUGUGCUGCUGAAAUUCUGUCUGUGUUGGAGCUGGACAACUGCCCUUUGAUCACGGACCGAACGCUAGAGCAUUUGGUGUCCUGCCACAAUCUGCAGCGCAUUGAGUUAUUCGACUGUCAGCUUAUCACCCGCACCGCCAUACGCAAGCUGAAGAAUCAUCUACCAAAUAUCAAGGUGCACGCCUACUUUGCACCCGGAACCCCGCCAGCUGUGACCAGCGGCCACCGACCACGCUAUUGCCGCUGCUGUGAGAUUCUCUGAGAUACGGCCAUUGGCUUCGCCAGAAAGAUAAUGCGAAAGACGGCCACGGACUGAUGCUGGCCCGUGUGCAUCGUCAUGUUCGCCAUGGUGUUCAGCCUGACUCUCGUCUCGAUGAUCUGCAUGUAUUUGCUGGGCCUGCUUGACGCAGUGAUGACAACAUAGUCACUAAAUCUGUAGCAGCAGCAACAGCAGCAGCGGCUUGAAACGAAAACGGAAACGGAAACGUAACCCUAGUUUUAGUUUAAAGCGAGUUUCAAAAACUCGCAGAAAACCAGCAUCAAAUUGUGAUUAUUUUAUUUAAUAUGCUACGUUAACUAGACCCUCAUUUGUGUAAAACUGUAUUAGCCCCAGACCACGCUCUAUGUUUGUUAUUAACUGCAGCCCGAUGAAUUGCUAGCUUAUAUAGAUCUGUAUAUAUAUAUACAUACAUAUAUACAUAUAUAUGUAGACGAUCCAGCUUCAGGUGGUUCCGCUGAAUGUUCUGUGUCUAGCGCUUAGAAACUGCAAUUAUGUGCGUUUAGUUUUAACUCUCAUACAAGCAUGCCUGUAUUAAAUGUUUGCUAAAUUAUGACUAAAUUAUUUAAAUCCAUCUGGAGCAUGCUCGGAUUUUAUCUCUUACUGGUUCACACCUAAAACUAAAAACUAUAAAAAAAACGAAAGAAAAACCUGGAGUUUUCUAAAUUCCAAAACAUGUCGAUAGAACCACAAAGCGUUCAAAAAUAAAACACACACACACACACACACUA